AUGGGGGUGGACAAACCGAGCAAGACUUUCUUUUCCGAGCAACCGCGGUGCGACCAGACGUUCAAGAUGAACGACGACAAUAACGUCGUCUACUUGAACCUUCGCUCCGUGCUCUUUUUCCUAGGCUGCAUCACGGCCAUCAUCAUAUGCAGUGUGACGCUCUUCAACAUCGUGGCGUCUCGGUUCUGGACGCCCGGAAGCCUCGAGCUCGACACCCCGCCGUCCGCCGUCCAGGCCCCGUCGUCCUCGCCGGUGUACUACGCACCGGUCUCCAGCGUCGCGUCGCCGUCCCGCGUCCCCACGGUCAUUCCGCGCAAGAAGGGCACCCCGAAGCGUAGCGCCAAGACGCACAAGAAACACAAGAAGCACAAGAAGCGACCACACAGCCGGAGACGUAGUCCACAUUCUCACCGUAGUAAGAAGCACAACGGCGAUGGCGUCGAUGCCUCGGAGGAGAACCUGGGCGCCAUGCAGGCCCGACAGGACGCCCCAGAUUCGGCGUUCGUCAACAACUACGACUCCUGGAAGGAGAUUGCCGACGACGGCAGCGGGGAGCGGCGACGGCGGAACGAGUGUGGCAAACCCCAGUGUCGGUGGCUGAGCCGGUACCUGACAUCCAAGCUGGACUGGACAAUCAAGCCCUGCCACGACUUCUACUCGCACGUCUGUUCGGCCAAGUGGUUCGCGUCAUCAACGCAGGAGACCACGGAGAGCGAACGGGACCGGCAGGGUUCGCUGGACUUCCGUACGCAGGCGGUAGCUCGUCUCAUGAACGAGCUGACGGCGUACCUGAGGAACAAGGCGUCCGCCAUGCCGUGGGAGCGCAAUGCGGCGGCGUUCUUUUCAGACUGCGUGAAUCCCAAGAACCCGCGCACGUUGAGUAGCAUCAGGCCUCGCUUUCCCAUCUGGCCCCUGGAGAAGAUCACCUCGGUCAGUACGCUGCCCAAGCUGGUGGCGUACGUGGCGAAAUUUUUUCGGUCGACGCCGCUCCUUAAGGCGUACGUCGGCGAGUUGCGUUCCACGCUUAGAAAUGACACGCUCUACGUGGAUUCUCCUGUGCUGCCCUUAGCGAGGUUCCAGUAUCUGUAUCCCACGGCCAAGGAAGAAGACUACAAAAAAGUUAUACGAGCGGCGCUUCAAGGCCGACGGGCUGGUGCCCUCCCACAAGCCAUCGUGAAGCUGGAACUCGCCCUGGCCCGAAUUGUCUCGCGGGACUUUGUUACCCUCGCCGACCGUACAGUUGAGACCGAGAACCUUCGCACCGGUGACGAGUUCUGGGACCCACUUAUGAUGGCCCUGGUAGGAAACCGGCGUGAGGUCCACGCCCUCGACCACAAGUACCUCAUGAACCUCAUGUCUGUGCUGCGAAACGCGACGUCGCCACUAGACGUGGCCAAUCUGAUCAUCUACUCAACUCUGACCCAGAUCGCGCCGCUCAUCCAGAACAUGUCAUUCCUGAUACCCCUAGGGCUCGAGCAAACUGUGACGGGCGUCCCAUUGCAGGUCCAGGGCUGCUUGAGCCUCACCGAAAAGUCCUACCGACACGGUAUGCGACUGCUGGCGCUCAAGGUUCUUGGGGUCACCGAGUGGUCACCGGAGAAGCCCAAGGCCCGAGUGAUACAGAACCUUAUCGCCGACCUCAAGAAGGCUCUGAAGAAGUACGUCCGUGCUUGGUUCACCGAAACAGACAGUCGGCGGGACGCCCUGAAGCGAAUCAGGACACUGAAGGUAGACCUGCUUGGGGCCACGCCCCACGACGAGCUCACGUACGCCAGAAACGAGAAGUACUUCGGCAAGCCACGGCAAGUGGCCGCCCUGCUCGAAGAUGUGCCCAGUCGCGACUUCAACUACGGUGGCGACUUCUUCCCGGGUUCGGCGUUCUCAACGGAGCCCAAAUACAUGGCCGAGACACACACGCUUUACCUGCCACCAGCCAUGUUCGGGCUCAUCGACAAGAUGCAAGAGUUCGACGACCCCCUUUUGAUGGUGCCGCUGAUUGGGGCGCCCGUCCUGAAGGCGAUGCUCGCAGUCAUCGACGGCCGUGGCACGCAGACCUUCCUCCGGGACUCCUCGGUAAGCACGCACUGGUGGUCUCCGGCUGAUGACUCGAAGCUAACGAAGAUCAGGUCCUGCUACCGAGACCUGUACGCGCUCUCUCUCAAGGACAUGCUCAUCAACAGCAACUACCAGACCUUCUUCGAAGAGUUCAUUGCCCAGGGUGCGUUGCUGGAUCCCUUGCAAAGGUUCUACAAGGAGAAGGUGUCCAAGUACUAUCCCGACGGGCUUCGGAUUGAACCGGAGUUCACAGCCGACAUGCUCUUCUACAUAGUGUACACGAUGGGCAUGUGCGAACCGCACGGGUCUGAGCGUUACAAGGUGAAACACAGGAUGGGCAUACCUGCCCGCAUUUUGGUGAACGCGCAUCUCGGCAGCAGCGAUCGCUUCAGACGCGCGUUCAAGUGCAAGCACAGUGACGAGAUGAUGCCGUUGCAUUCGUGUUCAUACUGGGAUGAACACUGA